CAAGUUGACGUCAGUCGCUCCGGAGCCACGUAACGUCACGGUAGUGUCGAAGCGACGUAAGGUACAUCAAGUCUAGUGCGAGAACGGAUUACCUGGAUUCGUUAUGGACUAGAGUUUGGCUAUGUGGACAGUAGUACACUAGGUACCAAGUUACCCGGAUUGUGUUUUAGUACUGGUUUUUGGUUCAACGUGUGGUUUAAGACUAGUGGUUCGUAUGGUUAUGUCAGAGCAAGGUGGACUGGCCAUGCACCAGUUACCUAUGCGCCACAGGGGGUUGGUACAGCCCAGCCUGGUGAUGAACCCACAUCCCAUCAACGAGUCUUGCUCUAUUGAAGCAUCACAAAGCAAAAAAUCACAAAGACUCAGCCAUUGCAUGGGAUGUGGAGGUCAAAUUCACGAUCAGUAUAUACUCAGGGUGGCACCGGACUUGGAGUGGCACGCAGCCUGUCUGAGGUGUCAGGAAUGUCAACAGUUUCUAGAUGAGAAAUGCACGUGUUUUGUUAGGGAUGGAAAAACAUAUUGUAAAAGGGACUAUGUGAGAUUGUUUGGCGCGAAGUGCGAUAAGUGCGGCAACAUUUUCAGCAAAAACGAUUAUGUGAUGCGUGCCAAAAACAAAAUUUACCACAUCGAGUGUUUUCGAUGUUGCGCGUGCGCCCGACCUCUGGUUCCUGGGGACGAGUUCGCGCUUCGCAACAGUGGCGACCUCUAUUGCAAAGAAGACCACGACGUCUUGGAGAGCAAAAGCGGAUCAGCGCCGGCAACACCGCACGGCGUCCCGACGGAGAGUAACAACAACACUAGUCUGAGCAACAAUAAUCACAGUAAUGCAUCCGCGGAGUUGGGAUGUAUGUCGGAUUCCGGAUCGGAGAGCGGUUCCCACAAAGGAGGCAGCGGUAACGGCGGUGGGGGGGCACCCCGCAAGUCCGGCGGCGGCGGAGCGGGUAGCGGGGGCGGCAGCGACGGCAAGCCCACGCGAGUGCGCACCGUGCUCAACGAGAAACAGUUGCACACGUUGCGUACCUGUUACUCGGCGAAUCCGCGUCCAGACGCGCUCAUGAAAGAGCAGCUCGUCGAGAUGACGGGACUGAGCCCGAGGGUCAUAAGGGUCUGGUUCCAGAACAAGAGGUGCAAGGACAAGAAGAAAACGAUGCUGAUGAAACAACAGAUGCAGCAGGAGAAGUUUUAUGCACAGGAUGGCCGCAAAUUGGGAUAUGGGGCGAUGCAAGGUAUUCCAAUGGUAGCAUCGUCACCUGUUCGUCAUGAUUCGCCUCUUGGUGUCCACCCUUUGGAAGUGCAAGCUUAUCAACCUCCAUGGAAGGCGCUCUCUGACUUUGCCAUGCAUGCCGACCUAGACCAACCCCACCAACCAGCCUUUCAGCAGCUCGUAAAUCAGAUGCACGGCUAUGAUUUACCUCCACCAUCCAUGGGUCCUGGAGCUCCCCCUGGCCCACCACCUGGAUUACUAGGAAACUCCGCUCCUCCACCAGAUGCUAUGACCCAUCCAGACAGCACAGACAGCUACGUUACUUAUCUAGAAAGCGACGACAGCCUGCCAGCCAGCCCCUAACGCCCUCCUUUACCCGGCUAGCUUCGACCAGACGCUCUCUUCGCUCUGUCGUCCUUCAUUAUGUACCACCAAAGGAGAUUUUUACAAGCACAGCUCGAAAAUUGAAGCUACAAAAAAUCUAGAUCAGUUCCGAAAUUUGAUCAAUGAAAAGUUUAUAUGAUUCAGGUCGAAUGCGUCUGACAAUUAGACAAGUUAUCAUUUAAAUUUAUUUUUGACCUUCCGGUUUCAGUACAAAAGCAAUGAUGAUGCCAUAAUAAUCAUAAGGUUAGAUAUAUACAUUAUGAUUCCACUGAAGAACAUCUUGCUUCAGUUCAUACCAAAUUAUUAAGUUCGCUAACAUUGAGAGAAUAAUGUGCAUUCGUUCUGGAUACAGAGAAACCUCCGAGAAGGAUGGACACUAGAAGAGAAUAGUAAAUUUUUGAAACAGUACCCUUUGUAAAAAUGACUUGUAUGUACGACCUCAGUGUAACAUAUAAUUACAGAAGUUGUUGAAACAUUUUGACAUCACCUGUUAUGUUCUAGAUGUAAUACAUAUUGUUUCAAAUUUAAUUUGAAGAAUCUGUUCCGUGCAUUCGAAUAGGAUAUUUUUACAAUUUACGGAGCUGCAAUGUUUAAUGUAUUUAUACUAUAAAUAUGUAUGUAUUUGAUAUAAAAUAAGUUUAUUCGUGUAUAUAAUGUUAUGAGCAUAUAACUAUAUGACUUAUUUGUAAAUAAACCCAAUACAAUUAA